AUGUCCCCAUCUAGGAAGAGAGAUCAAGAUGCGCCCACAGAAACAGCAAAUGCUACUCCGCGUACACAACGACGGGCGCCAUCACCACCUCUGUUUCACGUUCCUUUGGACAUAACACUUUACCUUUUUCUCGUUUCCAACGGACUAUCAGCAUUAUAUGCCCCUAUUCAAGAUUGCGAUGAGGCGUUCAAUUUCUGGGAACCGGCGCAUUACCUGGACCAUGGAUACGGGUUACAGACCUGGGAGUAUUCACCCGAGUACUCUAUAAGAAGUUGGCUUUACGUCUCACUUCACGCCAUUGUCGGGAAGAUCAGUGCUUUAGUUGUCAAGGGGAAGGUUGCGGAGUUUUACGCCAUCAGAUUCUUUCUGGCCUGCUUUUGCGCUGCUUGCGAGACGCGACUGUACGCCGCCAUCUGUCGGACGCUCAGCCCAAGAAUUGGCAUGCUGUUCCUCAUGGUCGCUGCUUUCAGCCCUGGAAUGUUUCAUGCCUCUGCUUCAUUUCUCCCGUCUAGCUUCACUAUGUGUACCUCAAUGCUGGGUCUUGCCGCUUUCCUGGACUGGAGGGGAGGGUUGAAGAUGGCGCAGGGAGUCAUGUGGUUCGGCUUGGGAGCUAUCGUGGGUUGGCCCUUUGCUGGGGCUCUGACUGUGCCUCUUUUAAUCGAAGAGCUUAUUAUUGGUUUUAUUUCUGGCUCUAUGCGAACCGUGUUCUAUAGCUUAUCCAACGGUGCCGUGCGGUGUGGGUUGAUUUUGGUAAUUAGCACUCUGUUUACCUGGAUCGUUCUUUUGACCAGUGCUGAUUCAUACCAGGCAGCAGAAGUUGCAGUUGAUUUUGUUUUCUUCCAGAAGUUUGCUAUCGUGCCAUGGAACAUUGUGGCCUAUAAUAUUUUCGGGGGACAGGGUAGAGGCCCUGAGAUCUUCGGGGUCGAACCAUGGACAUUCUACAUUCGGAAUUUGUUGCUGAACUUCAACGUUUGGUUCAUUCUCGCCAUGGUCACAGCACCGCUUCUCGUUCUGCAGGUACUCUUCCGGCCUCAUGCUACCUCUACGAAGACUUUUCUGCGAUCUAUCACGCUCGUGGCACCUUUCUACAUGUGGUUUGGUAUUUUCACCCUGCAACCGCAUAAAGAGGAACGGUUCAUGUACCCGUCGUAUCCCUUUUUGGCUCUGAACGCGGCCAUUUCACUUCAUAUUAUCCUCGCAUAUAUUAGCUCCAGCAAGCCGAAAGAGAUUAGUGGAAGAGUUCCACUGAAGCUCAAAUGGACGCUGGUAAUUUCGGUCAUUCUCGUCGCCAUUAAUGCUGGUUUGCUGCGAAUUGUUGGUAUGGUUACGGCGUACAACGCUCCUUUGAAGGUAUUUGAACCGUUGGAGCAGCUGGAGGCUAGCGGUUCGCUCUGCCUUGGAAAAGAAUGGUACCGAUUUCCGUCAUCUUUCUUCCUCCCAGACGGAAUGCGUGCGAAGUUCAUACGGAGCGAAUUCCGCGGAUUACUUCCUGGAGAAUUCCCCGAGGCCAUCAGCUAUCUGUCUCGCGUAGAAAGCACCUCGCUGGUCCCGCCUGGUAUGAACGAUCUCAAUGAGGAAGAUACCGGCAAAUAUAUCGAUAUUUCGCAAUGUUCUUUCCUGGUAGACUCAUACUUCCCGGCAAGCGUCGCAACAGAACGUGAACCGCAUUAUGUCCUCGAUGAAUUGCACUGGGAGAAGGUGUCUUGCCGGAAGUUCCUGGAUGCAUCGCGGACAGGCCUCUUGGGUCGUCUGAUCUGGAUUCCCGAUCUGCCCAUCAUCCCAGACCGUUUCCAUCGGAAAUGGGGGGAGUACUGCCUCCUGAGAAAACGAGAAAGCGAGUAG